CUUUCAGCGGAGGAACUGAUAGAUCCGUGGAUGAGAUUUUGUCUUUCCUUUUUGGACAUGCCCAUCCUGAUCCAAGGAGUUCAAAUAUGCCUAGCGCGAAUGAAAUCCCGCAAGCGGAAGUUGAGUAUCAGCGUACACUCCUGGAUGAACAGAUCUCUCGAGUCGAGAACGUCAGAGCGGCGCUCUGUUCGCGACGCAAUGUUCUAUCCAAGAGCGCGAUGUUGGUGGCCGAAGUCCUCGCGGAUAUCUUCUCGUAUUGUGUAGUUUCAGGAACUGUGACACCGAGGGAAUGGCUUCGCAUAACCCAUGUUUGCAGGCAUUGGAGGAGUGUAGCGGUCGCGAUCCCAACGUUAUGGACGACCAUCAGAGUCGGCGAAGGCUAUCAUGCGGACCUUGUCGAGCGGAUGCUGAUGAGGUCCCAGUCUAUGCCUAUCCAACUCCGUUUCCAAUUUGGCGUCGUGGACGUAGACUUUCCACAUGCCCUCCUGGGUAACGAGUUCUUCCAGCAAGCACAUCGAGUUCGCGAAGUUGUCAUUUCCGCACUACACUCCGGAUCCACAGAGUCUUUCAAUAGCAAUCACGCCAUGUUCACCAAUCUAGAGUCGCUCAAAGUCUCAUUCUCCCCCUACCAUCCGCCGCAAAUCAGUGACAAGCUGCUGUCCCCAAGCUUUCUUGGUGGUGUUUUCCCGGCUUUGCGUCGCUUGAAGUUACAUCAAUGCGCAUUCCCAUGGGCCUCGCCUAUCAUGAGCGGAUUGACACAUUUGGUUCUCUACAACAUCGGCUCUAACGCACCUGAAGCCAAAGAACUCUGGGCGAUGCUAUCCAGAGUACCUAAACUAAGGGUGCUAACGCUCUCCAAUAUCAUGGUUCAAAACGGGGGCGCGCCCGCUUCCUGGAAUCAGCGUCCUAAAGUCUGGUUUCCAGCACUUGAACAUCUCACCAUCGACUCACUAGACUUCGCCCAAUACGCGUGGUUCAUAGCGCUUAUUGAUUUCCCUCCCACAACGCACCUAACGCUGCAAACCUUCCCGCCGUACUUCACACCGGAUAUGCCCCUCCUUCCGCCCAAGGUUUUUGCGCCACAGCCGUUUCCCCUCGAACUAUAUAUUCGUGAAAAUGAGGAUACGUUCAGAUUAUCUAUUCGCAAGUUCACGCUGGUCCAUGGUCGCCAGCGCUGCUCAGCAGCGUACAAUAUCAGCGAAGGCACAUAUCCUUGUGGGAAUCGUCUAUCCUUUGCGCUCCGAAGUGGGCAAGGCGAUGAUGAUGGAUGGCCCUUCCAGGCUGCGCCGCUCGCUCAGCUCGACGUUCGCUUAUUGAUAAUAGAAACCACCAGACGGAGUGAAACGAUUCCGUGGCAUGAUCUAUUCGUGACUUUGUCACAGGUGGUGGACCUCAAGCUUACUCUUCACUCCCAUGCUUUACACGAUGUACUUGGAGCUCUUAUGCCAGCAGACGGAACUUUUCCCCUUCCCACCCUUGGCAGAUUCUCUCUCAAGGUUUCCCAAUCGACGGACGCGCCGUCCGAAGACGCUCUGCUGAAGCUGCUAGAGGAACGGGAGCAGGCAGGCGCAAGACGACUGGAAGUUCUGAUCGGGCGAGGCUGGGUUGUGUCGAGGUCGUGUGUGGAUGAGCUGAUCACGCAUGCACAAUUGGUUGAUUGGGAUACAGUAGGUGAUAAUACGAAUGCAAGCGCCCAAGACCCGGAAAACGCAUAGUCAACUUAGAGACGCAACAAUAGGGGUGCUCUCUAGUACUGAUAUUGCCUAUGACUACAAGUAUACUGAGUUUAUGUAAACGUUCGCUAUAAGAAACCAAAAGUCCUGU